GUGAUAAGCUUUGAGGGCACUAUGAUGUUGAACGCUGAGUUGUAGUCAAUGAAUAGCAUUCUCACAUAGGUGUUCCUUUUGUCCAGGUGGGAAAGGGCAGCGUUGAGUGCAAUAGAGAUUGCAUUAUCUAUGGAUCUGUUGGGGCGGUAUGUAAAUUGAGUGGGUCUAGGGUUUAUGGGAUAAUGGUGUUGAUGUGAGCCAUGACCAGCUUUUCAAAGCACUUCAUGGCUACAGAUGUGAGUGCUACGGGUCGGUAGUCAUUUAGGCAGGUUACCUUAGUGUUCUUGGGCAUAGGGACUAUGGUGGUCUGCUUGAAACAUGUUGGUAUUACAGAUUCAGGGACAGGUUGAAAAUGUCAGUGAAGACACUUGCCAGUUGGUCAGCGCAUGCUCAGAGUACACGUCCUGGUAAUCUGUCUGGCCCUGCGGCCUUGUGAAUGUUGACCUGUUUAAAGGUCUUACUCACAUCGGCUAUGUAGAGCGUGAUCACACAGUCGUCCGGAGCAGCUGAUGCUCUCAUGCAUGUUUCAGUGUUACUUGCCUCGAAGCGAGCAUAGAAGUAAGGCAUUUUAAUUAAUUAUAUGAAGAGUGCCUUGGUCCUCCUUUCUUUUUGAUGACCAAUUUACCUCUUUUACCAAAGAGCACCUUCUAUCUACCAAAAUGUACUAUUGUGUACCUUAGUAGAGCUUCCCUUCCUCCUCUUUCUACGAGCAUAGAAGUAAUUUAGCUUGUCUGGUAGGCUUGUGUCACUGGGCAGCCCGCGGCUGUCCUUCCCUUUGUAGUCUGUAAUAGUUUGCAAGCCCUGUCACAUCCGACGAGCAUCGGAGCCGGUGUGGUUCUAUCUUAGUCCUGUAUUGAUGCUUUGCCUGUUUGAUGGUUCGUCGGAGGGCAUAGCGGGAUUUCUUAUAAGCUUCCAGGUUAGAGUCCAGCUCCUUGAAAGCAGCAUCUCUUCCUUUUAGCUCAGUGCGGAUGUUGCCUGUAAUCCAUGGCUUCUGGUUGGGGUAUGUACGUACAGUCACUGUUGGGACGAAGUCAUCGAUGCACUUAUUGAUGAAGCCAGUGACUGGUGGUGUACUCCUCAAUCCCAUCGGAAGAAUCCUGGAACAUAUUCCAGUCUGUGCUAGCAAAACAGUCCUGUUGCUUAGCAUCUGCUUCAUCUGACCACUUUUUUAUUGACCGAGUCACUGGUGCUUCCUGCUUUAGUUUUUGCUUGUAAGCGGGAAUCAGGAGGAUAGAAUUAUGGUCAGAUUUGCAAAAUGGAGGGCGAGGGAGAGAUGUGUAUGCGUCUCUCUGAGUGGAGUAAAGGUGGUCGAGUUUUUUUUCCCUCUGGUUGCACGUUCAACAUGCUGGUAGAAAUUAGGUAAAACGGAUUUAAGUUUCCCUGCAUUAAAGUCCCUGGCCAUAAAGUCCCCGGCCACUAUGACCGCAGCCUCUGAUGAGCAUGUAAUAAAUUAUAUGUAAUCUGAUAACAAAAAAACGGUAACUGUAAUCAGUUACGUUACCAGCAAAAAUACUGUAAUCAGAUUAGAUACUUUUGAAAAACUAGAUAAUUAGUUAUUGGAUUACUGUUGAAUUCAGAAAGGAUGCUUGUGAGAAAGAAAAUAUACAUUAUGACACCUUUCUGUUUUCUCAAUGGCAUUCAAUUCAUCAUCGAAAAAAGGUGCAAGUUUGCGUUUGUUCCUCUUGGGCGAGUCUGAAUACAAGUCAAAGACCACUAUGACACACCAACUACAUUUGAUGGUUCCUUUUUGUCUUCUAAUGCCUCUUAAGGGGAAAGUAAUUCACAAGUAACUGAAAGUAAUCAGAUUACAUUACAGAGUUUGGGUAAUCCAAGUUAGGUUACCGAUUACAAUUUUGGACAAGUAACUAGUAACUAAGUGACAAUAUUGACUCAAGAAGAGUUCAAUGUUUGAUAUUGCAUUAAUGCCUUACGGUGGGUGUGGAGCUUCUGUCAAUCUCAUAUGUAGCUGCUGUAGACGACACAUCAUACGAUACUGUUUGUGGACUCUGGUCAAGGGAUCAGCUGGAACUAUCAUAACCCUGUAAAUAUAGACACAGCUACCAAGGAGCCAUGGCCUCCCUUGGACAAAUCAUCUUCUGGGGGUGAGGCCUCUAUUCAAUGUGUCUUUCUAAAAAUAUGGUGGUUGGAGGCCAGCAACAGCUUUGCUUCAUAUCACCAACAAGUGCAUAGUCAGUUGAACUUAUCAUUGGAUAUUGUGAUGUUCAAUUGACUUGGAAGGUUCUUGCUAGAUCUUGCUUGAUUUUUUUCAUCUACAUUUCCAGGAUGAUAGUCAUGAUCUUUGUAGCUGCUGGAUUCAUCAUUCUCAUCUUGUCUGUGUCAUUUGCAGUUCAGGGUUUAGGGGGUUCCCAGGGCACUGUGGAUAGCAAUAACAAGUGGCCCAUCGUGAACCUGGGGGAGGAUGUCAUCCUGAGGUGCAAGUUCAAGACUUCAACUAACAGCGGGGAAUCGACCAGUCAGAUGUCAAUCACAUGGAAGAAGAAGGGACUCAGCGAAGUGGUGUACAGUUACAAUAAAGGAGCAGUCCAGCUGACGGAGCAGAACCCCCAGUUUAAAGAUAGAACCCAGCUUUUCUCAGAAGCCAUAGGUGGAGGCAAUGCCUCUAUGUUGCUGAGGAACGUGAAAAUUAAAGAUGAGGGGGUGUACUACUGCAGUGUGAAUGCCCCUAGUUGCUCAGGGACUGCCAGUGUUAACCUCAGAGUUGCAGCUUUCUCAGCCCCCAAAUUGAAGUGGGUCAACACUACCCUGACGGCAGAGGGAGAGAGAUGGUUCCCAAAACCAGAUGUCCUCUGGUUGGACGUCAAUGACAACGUCCUAAACGAGAGUGAAACUAUCUUUUUCAACAACUCCGCCGGGAUAACCCGAUUCAUCAGCUCCCUUCAGAAAAUUACAUUGAACGACAGCUACACCUGCAUCAUCCAAAACCAUCUGGUGAAGGCUGUCUCCCGGGCAACCGUCAAAGAUAUAGAGAUAUCAACGAGGACUUUCUUCUCCUUCCCUACUGCAGCUGCACCACCCAUACUACUACCCCAACGGCACGUCCUAGCAGCUACAACCAGUCUCUUUCUCUGGAUCUACCAACUAACCUGAUGAACACAUGCACACAAACUACUCUUCAUAGCCUACAGGCAAGAUGUCUAAAAGUACUGUCUGUGGUGAAGUGAACUGGCCUGGUGACUUUCCACUUGCCUUGGUCUGCCUGGAGUCUGAUGGAUUUUGUGUUGGAUUAACAAGUGGCGACAAACUGUGUAUGUGUGGCUCAGUGGCGAACCGUCAUUCAGGGCAGGUGGGGCAGUACCCCACCUGUUUUGAGCCCUACAUUUUUAGCAAAAAAAUGUAUAACAAUUAUAUUCAUUUUUUGGGGGGGGCUUGCCUGUUUUACAUGUUAUUUUGGCCUUAAUACGUGUCACGUAUCAGUUUGCAAACAAUGUAAAAAAAUAUAUAUAAUUGAGUU